GUUCAACCUAGUGCUUAAGUUCAGUCAUCCUCUGUUUUCAUGCCUAUUAUCUUAAGUCUUGUGGAAAUGUUUGAGCAAAUUAUUGAGGUUAAUGAUAGUGACAUGCAGUAGUAUUCAGUCAAAUUAUAAACUUUUUUGUCAAAAUGGAACCGCAUAAAGAUAUUACCAAUAACCAAAUUGAGGCUAGUGAUAGUGAGUCGAUAGCACAACUUCUGAACGAAAUAAUGACGAGAGUCUCGGAGUUCCUGGAAAAUCCCGGCUUGCGCCAGUAUGAAAACAUCAUCGAAAGCAAAAUUCACACGUGCCAAAGAACCAUAGCCCAAAUUCUAGAUGACCUAGUUACCAGAGUUAUAGUCUCCGAGCUCUUUCCAAGUACCAGGUCUUUGACAUCUGAAACUAUCUCUACCAAUAUCAGCACCAGAUCUUCCAGUUUCAGCCAGAACUGUCCGGUAUGUCUUUUCAGAAGCCCUCCAACUGCUACAGAUGCCCAAGGUUAUGAUGAAUCCAAAAUUGUCUCUACUAACAUAACUACCAGAUCUUCCAGUUUCGCUCACAAUUUGGAUUUCCCGGUAUGGCCUACUAGAAAACCUCUCCCUGCUACAGAGGUUCAAGGUGACGAUAAAUCCAAAAUUAUCUCUACUAACGUCUGUUCCAUUUCUUCGAGUUUUAGUCAGAAUGUGGAUUGCCCGCUAUGCUUUUCCAAACAAAACCUCACUAGCACAGAUGCUCAAGGUGACGAAGAAUUGAAAAUUGCAUCUAGCACCAUCAGAAGCAUUUUAGGGGAGAUGUGGGACUUUACACUUCGCGUUAGAUCAUCUAUUAUUCAACAAAAUGAUGAGUUGAAUACAGUCAGUCAGAUUUUCUGUAUGCCUGGUACUUCAGAGAACACACUUAGUAUGCAGCAGGUUGAACCACCGUCUAAGGUGCAGGUUUGCAGAUCUCUAGUUGCUUCAUGUUCCACAAUGGAUCAAGUACGGAUAAUGCAGGCCCCAACCAAGAAAUCAGACAAAGCUAUCCUGCCUUCAUAUUCAACAGUUAUAUCGAUACACCCACCGGGUCCACCACCUCCGAAAAUAAGAACCUGUGAGUCUUCGGGAUCGUUUAUACCGAGAGUACCUCCUCCAUCGUAUGCAGAGGUGGAAGGAAUAUGGGAAGAUCCUCCAAGCAUUAUUUCUUCUGAUUCGGCUACAUUAGGAACUGACCCGAUCUACAUCAUAUGCCCCAGGUGCAGGACCAUUGUGGUGACUAACAUCGAAAGGACAAGGUCACACAUGACCCACAUCAUGGCACUGAUACUGUGCGUCUUUAUGUGCUGGCCUUGCGCAGUGCUGCCAUACUGCAUAAAGUCUUGUAAUUAUACACACCACACGUGUCCUAAUUGUAGGUAUUACUUUGGAACAUACCGACCUUUCUAUUAAAUUUUUUUCAAAAGAAAA